AUUCCCUCAGGAUGAGCCAGUGGUACAAACUGCAGCAGCUGGAUUCCAAGUUCCUGGAACAGGUACACCAGCUGUAUGAUGACUCCUUUCCCAUGGAAAUCCGACAGUAUCUGGCAUCAUGGCUGGAAAGCCAAGACUGGGAACAUGCUGCCAACGAUUAUUCCUUGGCCACCCUGCUGUUCCAGAACCUUCUGUCGCAGCUGGACGAUCAGUACAGCCGCUUCACGCAGGAGAACAACUUCCUGCUGCAGCACAACAUCAGGAAGAGCAAGCGGAACCUGCAGAACACCUUUGAGGAAGAUCCUAUGUACAUGGCUAUGCUCGUCUCCAAGUGUCUGUGCGAAGAACGGAAAAUCCUUCAUACCGCCGAAUUGGCAGAUAAGAUGCAAGUGGGGAGCACGCAGAAUACGGUCGUGUUGGUGCGGCAGAAAGAGCUGGACGGAAAAGUCAAAAACGUGAAGGACAACGUCACGGAAAUAGAACAGUUCAUCAAGAAUCUGGAGGACGCACAGGAUGAAUAUGACUUCAAGUACAAAACUUUGCAGGUCAGAGAGAAUGAGGCCAACAGCAUGACGCAGGAGGAGAGCAUCAAGGAGAAAAUGCAGCUGCACACCAUGUAUUUGCAGCUCGACAUCAUGCGACAGGAUGUGGUGCGCAAGAUCACAUCCUUGCUGAACAUCACGGAGCACACGCAGAACGCGUUGAUUAACGAAGACCUGGUGGAGUGGAAGCGCCGGCAGCAAAUCGCUUGCAUCGGGGGGCCGCCCAACGCGUGCCUGGACCAGCUGCAGAACUGGUUUACUACCGUAGCCGAGAGCCUUCAGCAAGUCCGGCAGCAGCUUAAAAAACUGGAAGAGCUGGAGCAGAAGUACACCUACGAUACCGACCCCAUCACCCAGCACAAAAAGAUGCUUCACGAUCGGACGUUGGGCCUCUUCAAACAGCUCAUUCAGUGUUCCUUCGUGGUUGAAAGGCAGCCUUGUAUGCCCACUCACUCUCAGAGACCAUUGGUUCUGAAGACUGGAGUACAAUUUACAGUAAAACUGAGAUUGCUGGUGAAACUGCAGGAGCUGAAUUAUAAAUUAAAAGUGCAGGUUGUGUUUGAUAAAGAUGUGAAUGAGAAGAACACAGUAAAAGGGUUUAGAAAAUUUAACAUCUUGGGGACAAAUUCCAAAGUAAUGAACAUGGAGGAGUCGAAUGGAAGUCUGUCAGCAGAAUUCAGACAUCUGCAAUUAAAAGAGCAGAAAAACGUCUCCAGAACGAAUGAGGGGCCUUUAAUAGUAACAGAAGAACUCCAUUCUCUCUGUUUUGAGACAACGCUGGAACAGGGGGGACUAAUCAUCGAUCUAGAGACUACUUCCCUUCCUAUUGUUGUGAUCUCCAACGUCAGCCAACUGCCAAGCGGGUGGGCCUCCAUUUUGUGGUACAACAUGCUUUCCAGCGAACCCAAGAAUUUGUCCUUUUUCCUGAACCCCCCGUGUGCGAGAUGGGCACAGCUUUCCGAAGUGCUGAGCUGGCAGUUUUCAUCCAUGACCAAAAGAGGGCUGAACGCCGAUCAGUUGAACAUGCUGGCAGAGAAAGUACUCGGUCCCAACGCAGGUACGGACGAUGGCAUCACCUGGAGCAGAUUCUGUAAGGAAAACAUGAACGAAAAAAACUUCCCGUUCUGGCUGUGGAUUGAAGGAAUCCUGGAGCUCAUUAAGAAAUACCUCCUGUGCCUCUGGAACGAUGGAAGUAUCGUGGGCUUUAUCAGCAAGGAUGGGGAGCGGAACCUCCUGAAGGAUAAGGAGAUCGGGACCUUCCUUUUGAGAUUCAGCGAAAGCAGCAGGGAUGGAGCGCUCACUUUUACCUGGGUCGAAGGGCCGCCGGAGGAGCGCUAUUACCACUCGGUGGAACCCUACACGAAGAAGGAACUGGGUGCCAUAACCUUGCCCGAUAUAAUCCGCACGUACAAGGUGAUGGCGGCAGAAAAUAUCCCAGAAAAUCCACUGAAAUUCUUGUAUCCAGACAUUCCCAAAGACCACGCCUUUGGAAAAUACUAUUCCAGACCCAAGGAGACUUCUGAACCCAUGGACGUGGACAGUGACAGAAAGGGAUACAUCAAAACCGAAUUAAUCUCUGUGUCUGAAGUCAACGCGUCCUCCAAAUUGCAUAUCCCGGACAACCUUCUGCCCAUGUCCCCGGAAGAAUUUGAUGAGUUCUCUCGGGUGGUGAGCCCCACUGAAAUCAUGAUGUAUUCAAACUGUGAUCCCUAAGUGCCUCUUCGGGAGCCUGCACAGAAGCAUGAGUCACUUUCCUACCUGCUAGUUUUGCAGCUAGUUAGGAUCCUAGCAAGGCUGUAAGACGGGCCUCAAACUAGUCUGUGCAAAGAGGAUCCACUUCCAUAAUAUCCUAGCGCACCAGACCCUGUCAGGUUCUGCCUUUGCGUUUGUUGCGGCUUCAGAAACCAGAAACGUUUUUCGCUUGCUUUCAAGAAUUAAUUGUUCAGUAAGUAGGACUUCACGUUUGCCUCCUUCUGGUAUCCCUUCCCUUUCCUGUUUCUUUCUCAGUUGGUUGGCCAGAAAAUAAAGGGGGCAUUCCGC